UGUGGGAGAGGAAGUGCCUGGUUUUCCCACGUUGUUUGCAGCUGCGGAGGGGAAAAAGGCUACUCCGCCAGCAUGGCCACCGCCGCCACGAAAAGAAGCAAAAAACUGGCUGACUUGAGUGUGGAUGAGUUUUUAACUUCAGGAUUUGAUUCUGACUUGGAAGAUGAUUUGAUAGAAGAUAUUCCAAAUUCUGGGGAAGAUGAGAAAGGAAAGUUACAUUCAAAACUUGACAGCAAAAAGAAAGCGGAAUGUAGUUUGAUACCAGGGGAAAGGAAAGUAAAAAAAAGUCAGGCUUCAGUACAUAAAGACCAGCUUUCCCGACUAAAGGAACGAGAUCCUGAAUUUUACAAGUUCCUGGAAGAAAAUGACAAGACUUUGCUUAACUUUGAUGAAUCUGACAGCUCCGAUGAAGAGGAAGAUCAUCACGUGUUGCCUGAAAAAUUAGAGGAAGCAACUGAUGAAGAAGAUGAUGAAGAUGAUGAUGAAGAAGAAAAAACAGCUAAACGGAAAAAAAUGGAUUUCAUCACCGUGUCAUUGAAAAUGGUGGAACACUGGAAGGAAGCUGCAGAGAAUAAACUCACUCCUAGGGUCUUCCAUGAAAUUACUCAGGCUUUCAAAGCCUGCGUGAUCACUGCCAAAGGGGAAUCGGCAGGGCCGGAUUCCGGCAAGUUCAAAGUCACGGACAGCACAGUCUUCAACACAAUUGUCUCCUUCUGUGUCCGUGACCUCUUCGUUCUUGUGCAAAAACUGCUUCAGGUGAAGCCUGCAAAAAAUAAAUCAAAAUUAGUCUUGCCUUCCUCCAGUCCAUUGUGGAGCAAGUUACGACUGGACAUCAAAAUGCACUUGGGCUGUACCAUUCAGCUUCUGUCGUGUUUAACCCGGACCUCAGUCACAAUAGCUGUUCUUCAGCACAUCAGUGCCAUUGUACCUUAUUAUUUAAGCUUCCCAAAACAGUCUCGCGUGCUACUUAAGCAAAUUAUUCGACUCUGGAGCACAGGCGAUGAAGUUGUAAGAGUUCUAGCUUUUUUGAUAAUCAACAAAAUCUGCCGGUAUAAACAGGAGGCUUAUUUACCUUCUGUUCUAAAGCAAAUGUACAUUUCCUAUGUCAAGAAUUCAAGAUUCACCUCUCCUAAUGUCCUCCCGCUCAUCAACUUCAUGCAACGGACGCUGAUCGAGAUGUACGCUCUGGACCCCGCUGUGUCUUACCAGCAGGCCUUCAUAUACAUCCGUCAGCUGGCCAUCCACCUGCGUGGAGCUAUGACCAUCAAGAAGAAGGAAAACUAUCAGUCCGUUUAUAACUGGCAAUACGUGCAUUGCUUAUAUUUUUGGUGCCGGGCUUUGAGUACGAUGCAUCCGAAUGACGUCAUGAAACCCCUGAUUUACCCGUUGACCCAAGUCAUCAUUGGCUGCAUUAAGCUGGUACCAACAGCUCGUUUCUACCCUCUGCGUAUGCACUGCGUCCGGGCGCUGACGCUGCUGUCGGAAAGCACACAGACCUUCAUCCCUGUCCUGCCCUUCAUUCUGGAGAUUUUCCAACAGGUAGAUUUCAACAAGAAACCGGGGCGAAUGAGCGCCAAGCCAAUAAACUUUGCCGUCAUCUUGAAGCUCUCCAACGCCAACCUGCAGGAGAAAGCUUUCCGGGACGGCCUCCUCGAACAGCUGUAUGAUUUAACUUUAGAAUAUCUCCACAGCCAGGCCUACACGAUUGGUUUCCCAGAACUGGCUUUGCCUGCCAUCCUUCAGCUGAAGUCCUUUCUGAAGGAUUGCAAAAUCACCAACUAUUGCAAAACCAUCCGGCAGCUCUUGGAAAAACUGCAGGAGAACUCCGCCUUCAUCACGGCCAAGCGCCAGAAAGCUUCCUUCGGCGUCUCCGAUCGAGAGGCAGUGGAGCGAUGGGAAAAAACUAUCAAAGCAGAAGGAACUCCACUAAGGACGUACUACGUGACUUGGAAGAAGCUGAGAGAGAAGGAAAUUCAGCUUGAAAUUACUGGCAAAGAACGGCUGGAAGACCUGAACUUCCCCGAAAUUAAACGUAAGAAGCCGAACGAAAAGAAAGAGGAGGACAAGAGGGAAUUUAAGGAGCUCUUCGAAACGGAGAGCAGUUCCGAAGAAGAGACCUCAGGUGGCUUCUCCCGUAAAGAGAAAGGCAAGAAGGGGGCUGCAGACCGUGUUUCCAUGAGCAGCAGUGAGGAAGAGGAGGAGGAGGAAGGAGAAUAUGAAGUGGACGAUGAGGAAGAGGAAGGAGAUGAAGACAACCUGAGCGACUCAGAUGGAGGCGAGAGGGCCGUGCCCCAACGGAGCCACCACCGUCAGAAACCGCUGUCUCGGGCAGAGUUGCAACAGCUGGCAAGAGGAGAAGAGGACGUGGUGGAAGACUUGGAUUUUUCCGAUGGAGACUGAUGGACAGAUUUUUUUGGGGGUGUAACUGGACAGCUGUUGCCACUUGUGGAGGGCCGAGGAAGGGGCUGCAUUGUUCCAGCUGGCCCUGAAGCCGAGUUGAUGCACUGGAGGGAAAUGCCAGAAAAUUUUGUCAUCCAGCAGGGAAGUCUAAAAAGACCACAUUGGCUGCAAAAAAACCCCUGCCUCUUUAGAAUAAUAAUAAUGUGGGUUCUGAAAACCAUCACAAAAUAAUACCUACUUUAAAAUUUAAAAAGAAACAGGCCAGCCUUCAAUGCUGCCCCUUCCUCUUCUGGAGGCCAAUCCCACCCACCCAGCGCUGGAGACGCAGAGAUGGAAGACCAACGUGCCACCACAUUUUGUGGCUUGGCUCUUUUCCUGCCAAGUGACCUUAUUUAAAACUCUUGGGACCAACAACAGCAGGAAGAGUUGGACUGGCAGCACAAUGCAUGCUUUGAAUCCCCCACUCCCCCCAAUUCCCCUAUUUUGAUUUCUGUACGGGAAGGGAUCGUGUGUGUCGGUUCUCGGCUUGUAAAAACAGCCUCUUGUGCAUUUCUUUCGGAGGCCUGGAUCGCUCUGCACCGAAACCGCAGUGGGCAAAACGGCCAGAUCCCGAUGGAGAAACGUUCUUCCCGCGGCUUUUACUGCACUG